CGACACCGGAGCCGGAUGGCGGCUGGAGCGGGGUGCGUCCGUCUUCAUGCAUAAAACAUGGCCCGGGAGGCUCUGCCGGCACUGCAGCUGCCCAGGGCCGCAGCUGAGGGGAGGGAAGGAAGGGCCAGCGCCGAGAUGAGAGGGGCCCACGGAAGCCUGGCUGCACUUUUUUAAAAAGAGAAGUGUUUCUUUUUCUUUCUUUUACAUCUUCAUGCAUCUGGACUUGACUUCCGGGACUGCUGCGCGGCCUUUUCCCCGCCAUGAGCCGGUUCUAGGCGCCCUACACCAUGGUGCUGCCCUCGCGCUUACACUGGAUCCGGAGCAGGCCAUGGAGGGACCGGAUCCGCAGGCGGCAGCUCGACCGGCUGGCGGCCGGACUCCCCGAAACCAUGCUGGCGGGGCCACAGUCCUUCUCGCCCGGCGGGCCCAAUGGGAUCAUCAGAAGCCAGUCCUUCGCGGGCUUCAGCGGCCUCCAGGAGCGACGAUCAAGAUGUAACUCCUUCAUCGAAAAUCCCUCAGCUCUCAAGAAGCCGCAGGCCAGAUUGAAGAAAAUGCACAAUUUGGGACACAAAAACAGCAACCCUCCCAAAGAGCCUCAGCCUAAGCGGGUGGAAGAGGUCUACCGGGCCCUGAAGAGCGGACUGGACGAGUACCUGGAGGUUCACCAGACGGAGCUGGACAAGCUGACGGCCCAGUUAAAAGACAUGAAAAGAAACUCGCGCCUGGGUGUGCUGUACGACCUGGACAAGCAAAUCAAGACGACCGAGAGGUACAUGAGGCGCCUGGAGUUCCACAUCAGCAAGGUGGACGAGCUCUAUGAAGCCUACUGCAUCCAGAGCCGUCUGCAGGAUGGCGCCAGCAAGAUGAAGCAGGCCUUCGCCACGUCCCCCGCCAGCAGGGCCGCGCGCGAGAGCGUGUCGGAGAUCCAGCGGAGCCACAAGGAGUACACGGAGAACAUGUGCUCCAUUGAAGCGGAGCUGGAGAGUCUGCUGGGGGAGUUCUCCAUCAGGAUGAAAGGUCUGGCCGGGUUCGCACGCCUCUGUCCCGGAGACCAGUACGAGGUCUUCAUGAAGUAUGGCCGACAGCGGUGGAGACUGAAGGGCAAGAUGGAAGCGAACGGCAGGCAGAGCUGGGAUGGGGAGGAGACGGUUUUCCUGCCCCUGAUCGUCGGGCUCAUUUCCAUCAAGGUCACGGAGCUCAAAGGGCUGGCGGCGCACACCCUGGUGGGGAGCGUGACCUGCGAGACCAAAGACCUGUUCGCAGCCCGGCCCCAGGCGGUGGCCGUGGACAUCAACGACUUGGGCACCGUCAAGCUGAACCUGGAGAUCACCUGGUACCCCUUCGACGUAGAGGACACGACCCCGUCCUCGGGCACUGGGGCCAAGGCGGCCGCCCUGCAGAGGAGGAUGUCCCUAUACAGCCAGGGCACCCCAGAGACGCCGACUGCCAAGGACCACGCCUUCUUCAGGUGGCUGCGUCCCUCCCCAGACGAGCCUCGGCUGUCUGCCUUCAGUGCCUUGCGAGACACUGUCUUUGCCAAGCUGCACGGCCGCCCUGCCAGCGACCUGCCCUCCCUCGGGCUGAGCCCCCAGGCCGUGCGGGGGCCCCCUGCGGAUCUGCCCGAUGACAUUUUCGACAACAGCAAGGCGGGGGAGAAGGAGCCACUGUCGCUCAGCUUCAGCGACCUCCCCAACGGGGACUGCACGCCCAGCCCCGGGCCCUCUGCCCCCGGCACACGCCCAGGGAUCACCGUCACGCCCGCAGAGUGUGCCCACGGCUGCCCGAGCUCCCUGCAUGCGGGCCUGGAGGACUCGAGCUCUGUGUCGACAGCUGCACCGGGGAAGUCUCCGAGCCGCAGCCCCCGUCCGGGCCCCGAGCGCCUGUUCCUGGAGGACCAGGUGGCCGGGGCGCUCCUGCAGGAGUCGGACGAGGCCUCGGAGCUGAAGCCGGUGGAGCUGGACACCCUGGAGGGGAGCCUCACCAAGCAGCUGGUACCGCGGCUGGAGCCCUGGGCCCCGGAGCAGCCUCCCUGGGAGGGCCCGGCCAGCACCGACGUGGACGGCGAGGGCGGCAGGCACUUCCCGGACGGCAGCCUGGAGGACGCGCUCAGCGGGCUGCUGCUGGCGCUCGAGCCACACAAGGAGCAGUACCGGGCCUUCCGGGAGCUGGGCCGCCAGGUGGCCCGCCUGGACGACAUUCUGAAAUGCAAGCCGGCAGCCAGCCGCAGCAGGGCCUCCAGUCUCAGCGUCACGGUCGAGAGUGCGCUAGAAAGCUUCGACUUCCUGAACACCUCCGAUUUCGACGAGGAGGAGGACGGAGAGGAGGUUUGUGCCGUUGGAGGAGGGGCCGACUCUGUCUUUUCGGACACUGAGACUGAGAAAAACAGUUACAGGGCAGUCCACCCGGAAGCCAGGGGGCACCUCAGUGAAGCACUGACCGAAGACACGGGAGUCGGGACCAGCGUGGCGGGCUGCCCUCUCCCGCUGACCACCGGCAGCGAGAGCCUCGACAUCGCCAUCGCCAGGCACCUGCAGUACUGCACGCAGCUGGUCCAGCAAGUCGUCUUCUCGAGCAGAGCCCCCUUUGUGUCCCGGAGUCUCCUGGAGAAGCUCUCCAGGCAGGUCAGCGUGCUGGAGGAUCUGGUGGCUGUCAGCGACGAGAGCGUGGGGGACAUCAGUUCUGUGGUGGCAGCCAUCCCAGAGUUCCACCAAAAGCUGUCCCUGCUGUCCUUCUGGGCCAAGUGCUGCAGCCCGCUGGGCGUCUACCACAGCCCGGCCGACAGGGUGAUCGCACAGCUGGAGGCCGGCUUCGCCAGGGCCGUCAACGAGGAGCACCCAGGACUCGCCGACCCAGUGUUCCGAACACUGGUGUCCCGCAUCCUGGACCGGGCCGAGCCGCUGCCGCCCUCCUGCCUGUCCUCGGAAGUCGUCACCAUCUUCCAGUAUCACAGCUACCUCACCAGCCACGGCGUGAGUGACCUGGAGAGCCACCUGAGCCAGCUGGCCAGGCAAGUGGCCAUGGCUCAGGCCCUGCAGACGCUCCAGGCCGAGAAGCUGCGGCAGGCGGUGAGUGACCUCGUGCCAAGCCACCUGCCGGUGCCGCAGGAAGUGCUCCGCGCUCUGGCGCUGCUGCUGACACGGGACGACAGCGCGGUGAGCGAAGCCGUGACCCUGUGCCUGGCCGCAGCCUCCAAAAACGAGAUCUUCCGGGAAAAGGCCCUGCUCUACUACUGCGAAGCGCUAACGAGGACAGACCUGCAGCUACAGAAGGCUGCCUGCCUGGCCCUGAGGAGCCUGGAGGCAACUGAGAGCGUCAGGAUGCUGGCGACGCUGUGUCAGUCCGACAGCGAGGAGAUCAGGAGCGUGGCCUCGGAAACCCUCCUGUCUCUGGGAGAAACCGGGCGGCUGGCCUACGAGCAGCUCGACACGUUCCCCCGGGACUGCGUGAAGGUCGGAGGGCGCCCCGGGGCUGAAGUGGCCACCGCCUUCUAGUCGGCAGCGAGCUCUGCCCUGAGUUCUGCCUUCCCGCCGUCUCACUGUCUCACCGCCCCAUCGCCCGGCUGGGGCCAUGGCCCUGGAUGUCUGGCACGCCCAGGUCUGCCAGGGGGACUGGGAAUGUCACCUGGAGGGAGGAUGGCGGUCCCAGCACCUGCCCGCUCGUCCAGGCCGACGGAGGGGGCCACGUGUAACAGAGCGGGUCACGUCGUCCGUCGCGUCUGACCGUACUGAGUGCGUCCUCCUACUACGGAUGGGUGUUGAAUAGCCAUCUCGAUCCUGUUUCGGAAGCCCUACACGCUUGGGAUCACACGCUACUCCAGUAAAGGCCAUACGCUUGCAGUAUUUUCUGUCGUGUCCUCAGGGUUGAGUGACCCCCAACUCCCUAAUUUUACUAUAAUUACAAAGCACCAAAAAAAAAAAAAAAAAUUAUUUUUGAAGACUGCC